GGGCAUGUGCCUAAACAGAGAAGACAAACUUAUAUUCAUAGCUCCAAAAUUCGUAGUACCAACAAAUUGCUCGUACAAUUCCGUAUCUUGUAAGCGGGAAGAUGACCGGAGCUGACCAGUCUUCUGAUUUAUUGACGGAACUGGAGCGUUUACUGGAUUCGGACCCCUUGAUGGAUGAAGUGGGGUUUAUUCAUCCAUCACAGUUUGCUGAACUUCGUAAAGAGGCUGGUAGUACUUCAAAGGAUGGGCUUAUGGGAUCUGCACAAACAGAAGCUAAUACUUUUGAUUUAGUUUUUUGGAGCAGAGACCAUAAGUUGGGAAUCUCUACCACUGCUCUUCUUCCGUUAUACAAAGCAGCUAAACAUGCAUUCAUGGAAGCAAUAAGACAAUAUCAGACUUUAACUGACUUGCAGAGAGAAAGAGAUGAUUCAAAAGAUGACAAUGCAUCAACAUUUACUUCAUCUUCCAUAAGCAUUCUGGAGUCUGAUGUAAUGAAGCACAGCCGGGCUCUUCUGUUGUUAAGCUGUGAUUUCGGCACUGCUUGGAAUUGCAGGAAAGUAGUUGUUUCCAAGCUGCAGCUGCUUCAUACUUAUAUGGAUGAACUUAAUUUGUCAAGUUUGGUUCUUUCUUAUGCACCAAAAAGUGAACGUGCGUGGAACCAUCGGAGGUGGGUGAUCAAGAUGAUUGCUGGAAAGUGUCCAAAUCUGCAAGAGAUUAUUGAAAGAGAAUCUGAGUUUGUUGAGAAAUUAGCUGAGAGGUCAAAAAUGAAUUAUCGUGCAUGGAAUCACCGCUGCUGGUUGGUUUCUUACAUGUCUGGAGAGCAGGUACUACAUGAAUUGAACAAGUCCCGAGAUUGGGCUGGCCUUCAUGUUGCUGAUAACUCGUGCUUUCACUACCGUACGCGGUUAUUGCUCAAGAUCUUAGAGGGUUAUGAUGACCAAAAUUCUGCUGCAUCUUCAGCCACGAAUUUUCAUGAAUUGUGGAAGAAGGAACUUGAUUGGGUUGCUACAUUGAUAAAGUGCUACGUGGGAAGAGAGGCUUUAUGGCUCUAUCGCCGCUUUCUAUCAUUGACUUGGAUUAACCAUUUUACAACUCAAGUUCACAGCAAUUCUUUUGGUUCCUGUCCCAAAAAUAUGAUGAAUGUCAAAGUAUUUAUGAGUAAUGAGCUACAAUUGUGUCAUUACUGCUCAAGUAUUCCUGAUAAUGACUUUGAGGACUAUCAAGCACAAGCAACCUUUUCUGCUACUUAUAUCAUGUGGAUUACAAGGCAAGUUGCUGGCUCUUUGCAAGUAGAGCUUCGAAAGAAGCUGGAAGCAAAUGGAUUGAAGACACAGGUAAACAAUGUCUGCCCAGAGAAGUCCUUCCUGUGGAAUACUUUCAGUGAAAGCAUCUAAUAACAGCUUUGGAGUUUAGAACGAUAAAUUUGGGUAUAUUUUAGGUGGUUGAUUGUUUUUGGAUCAUAUGCCGAAUCAGUCUUGAACUUGCUCUUCUUUGACUGUAUGUUAUACUCUUUCUUCGGGUUGCAAAAUUGGCGCUGCUGAAAACAUGAUGUCCAUCAUUUUGCUGGAUGCAAUCUGAUCUUGGUUGUGCUUUAGAGUGAGCGAGUGUAGACACCAGUUUCUUUGGCCUGUUUAGUGGCUUUCAUCCAACCUUUGAGUUUCUUUAAGUCAUCUGCGGCGUGUAUUCUUGUUAUCAUUAGAUUGUAAUUGUAAUCUCUGUAUAUCAAUUUCUGCUUCGUCUA